AUGGCCGCUCACGAUAGGAGCGUGCUCGUCCUGUACGGUUCCGAGACGGGCAAUGCUCAGGACAUGGCAGAAGAGUUGGGGCGAAUAUGUCAAAGACUGCAUUUUGAAAGUCGUGUUGAAGAACUCGACGCAGUAGAUCUAAAUACACUUCUUCAACCUAACUUCAUAUUAUUCGUCAUAUCAACCACUGGCCAAGGAGAUAUGCCGCAUAACUCACUGGUCUUCUGGAAAAGGCUUCUUCGGAAGAAACUACCACCAGGUUGCUUAGCUUCAGUCAAGUAUACAACUUUUGGACUUGGAGAUAGUACUUAUGUCAAGUUUAAUUGGGCAGCUCGCAAGCUCAACAGGCGUCUCGAUCAGCUUGGUGCUACAACCUUCUUUGAUCCCUUUGAGGCGGACGAACAAUUUCCAGAUGGUAUUGACGGAAGUUUUGUGCGUUGGGGUGAGCGACUUUACAACCACUUACUUGAACACCAUCCUCCCCCUAAUGGACUUGAGCCUAUCCCUGAUGAUGUUAUUCUUCCCGCUAAAUGGUCCCUAAAGAGUCCUCUCACUGGAAAUUCAAUAAGCAACGGCCACGCAUCUCCGAUAACUUCCAACCUCCCUCCCUCUUCACCUCUUCCUAUUCCCAAUGGUUGGAAAGCAACUCUGGUUGGAAACGACAGACUCACACCAGAGAAGCACUGGCAAGAUGUCCGCCUCAUCUCAUUUGACAUUCCACGUCGUGAUGGAGACAAGUUGUGUUGCGUCCCUGGAGAUUGCCUGACUAUCUACCCUAAAAACUUCCCCCAAGACGUCCAGAAGCUCAUUACCCUUAUGGGCUGGGAAGAGGUGGCUGACAAAUCCCUUGACCUCUCAUUAUGCGAAUCUCUUCCUACGAACCUCCAUAUAGAUCCCAAAUGCACACUGAGAGAGCUACUUUUGAAUAACAUCGACUUCACUGCAAUCCCUCGGAGAUCAUUCCUCAAGAACAUGUCUUACUUCUCUACCAAUCCAGACCACAAGGAGCGGCUUCUCGAGUUCACCAUGACUGAGUACCUUGACGAAUAUUUUGACUACGCAACUAGGUCAAGGCGAUCUAUUCUUGAGGUCUUAGAGGAGUUCACAUCCGUCAAACUACCUGCCGAGCGUCUCUUCGAUAUUUUCCCAAUUAUCCGCGGACGAGACUUUAGCAUUGCCAAUGGUGGCGAGCAUCAAAAUCAUCCGACAGACAAGGACAAGGCUCGUGUCGAGCUUCUGGUCGCUUUAGUCAAAUACAAAACUGUCCUUCGCAAACCUCGCGAGGGCCUCUGCUCUCGUUAUCUCGAUAACAUUCCCUUGGACUCCAUUCUUACUGUCACACGCAAACCAGUUCUCUCACCCAUUCAUGGCCCACAGAAUGCCCGACGGCCUCUAGUUGCCAUCGCCACAGGUACAGGCCUUGCCCCAAUACGGGCCCUUAUUCACGAGCGCCUCAUGCACCCGUCACCAGGACCGAUGUACCUCUUCUUUGGGAACCGCAACCGUGAGGCCGAUUAUUUCUUCCAGCAAGAACUUGACGCCGUCGUGCGUGAGGGACAUCUCAAUGUGUUUUUAGCAUUCUCGCGUGAUCAGCGAAAUAAGAUCUAUGUCCAGGACAGGCUACGCGAAGAGGCCAAGAGAAUCGAGGAGGCAAUCCUCGACAAUGGAAUAUUCUGCGUCUGUGGUGGUUCAACCAAGAUGGCGGAUGCGGCUAAGAAGGCAGUGUUUGGCCCCUUCUCGGAGGACGUAAAUGAUACAGAAGAGCGCAAGAAGAUUCUGGCAGCAUUGACAUGGUGGCAGGAGAUAUGGUAA